GCUGGCACAAGUGGCAGCGCCAGGCGCGGCGGCGGCGGAGGGCGGCAUCCCCCGGCAGGCUCAUCCCAUCGCGGCCCCGCGGUUCGCCGGGGGGCCCGCUGGGCCGGAGGGCCCCGGGCCGCGUGCGCGAUGCCGCUGGGCUGGAAGCGCGGCAAGGGCUCGCUGCAGGUGGACGCCGCCCCGCUGCUGCUCGGGCCCGGCGGGUCGCAGCCCUCGCUCGCCGACAGGCUGCGGCCCCUCCUGGAGUCGACGCGCCUGGCGGCCUGCUCCGCGGCACUGCUGGUCGCCUCCGUGGGCAACACGCUCAUGUUCAAGAAGAUGACGUCAGCGAUGCCCAAUUACGGCUGGUACCUCACCCAGCUGUCCUCGGUGGUAUACGUGCCAAUUUUCGCCAUGAUUUCCAUCAGCAGCGGUGAGGGCGCCGCCAUGAUACGCCCUGACAAGAGCUUGGUCCACAAGUUUGCUGUGAUGGGGCUGUUUGACAGCCUCAGCGGUGUCCUCAUGGUGCUCGGCGGUGUACACACCUCGGGAACGCUGCAGGUUCUGCUCCAGCAGGGCACGAUCCCGAUCACCAUGAUCUUCACCAGCCUCAUCGCUGGCAAGCGCUACCACCUCCUUCAGUCAGUCGGCGCGGGCGUUAUCGUAGCAGGCACGGUCCUCCACACGGCGCCGCCGCCGCCGACUGCGACCCUUCGCGAGGCCGACGCCGACGUCGCCGUCUUCAACAUGAUCUUCUUCAUGGCGGUUGUGCCGAGCGCCCUCUCGAAUGUCUUCAAGGAGGUUGCCUUCGCAGACUACGAGGGCGACCUCGACAUCAACGUGCUCCAGGUGUGGGUGGCGGUGUUCCAGGUCAUGACCAAUUUCCUCGCGAUGCCGAUAUAUUCCCUGAGCUUCCUCGGGCCGCAGCAGGUGCCGCUUGAGAAGAUGCUGGACCUGAGCGUGGAGGGCACGCGGUGUCUGUUCUUCCUCGAGGACCAGAUCGUGGACGAGUGCGGCCGCAUUUCCGAGCGGCCGUGCGACAGUUGCUCCGACGCCUGGGUCGCCGUGGCGGGCUACAUAGCGUUCAACCUGCUGUUCAAUCCCCGAGGGUUGGGGGCGACGGGGGCAGACCGCCGCGGGGCGCGGGCGGCGGACAUCUUCACCAUGCUCGUCAUCAAGCACGGCUCCGCGGCGCUCUACUCGCUGAUCGCCACGCUGCGCAUGCCGCUGUCGAGCGUGGCCUUCAGCUCCGCGCUGCUCAUGGGCGCCCAGCGCCUUCCAGCAACGGCCUCGGCCCCCGGCCUCGGCGAGAAACUCGCGGGGGGCGGGCGGAGGUCCACGUACGCGAGCCUGGUGGUCAUCCUGGGCGGCCUGGGUGCGUACCGCCUCGGGGGCAGGCGCUGCGCGCGGGAGCCUUUGCCGGUGGGCCGUCGGCCGAUGGGCCGGCCGAGCUGCUCCCUGCCGGAGAAAGCUGUGUUCGGCGUGUCGGUGGAGAGCACUGGCUCACAGAUCUCCGGCGGUCCGUUCUUUUAUGUUUGGCGGUUUUUGUACAUACUUCGGUCGGGCGCCAGCGGAGCGCUCGCCGCCCUCGCGGUGGGCUCGUUGGUCGCGGCCGCGGCCUCGCGCGGCGCGGUGUACCGCCGCGCGGAGGCGGAGGAGAAGCCCGCGAAGGCGAAGAAGGCGAAGAAGGACUUCGAGAUCGAGUUCAUCCCCCGCCCGGAGGACCUCCUGGAGUCGCCUAAGUUCCCGAUGUUCAUGGGGGGCACCAACGGCUACAUGUCCAAGGGCACGCGCGAGCGCCACGCCAUCACGUGGACCGCCAAGGAGGCCUUCGUGUUCGAAAUGCCCAUCCUCGGCGUGGCGGUCAUGAACAAGGGUGAGAACCUGUGCUACUUUAGGAAGAAGGAGCAGUGCAUUGCCCUCGGCAAGCAGCUCCGCAAGAUGAAGAUUGAGAACUACAAGAUCUACCGCCUCAAGAAGGACGGUACCGUCCAGUUCAUGCACCCGGCCGACGGCGUGUUCCCAGAGAAGGUGAACAAGGGCCGCGUGCAGGUCAACGGCCGCCCCUUCAACAUCGGCCAGAGCCCGAAGCAGGUCGAGCUCAAGUACACCAAGUACGACGAGAAGACAUACGAGGCAGACCACCUGACCACACUGUUCGUGAAGGCCCGCUGCGAGGCCUUCUCCGACACCGAGAACCUGUACGCCCUGCCCAACACCGGGCAGGAGGACUCCGCCUCGAAGGCGGCCACGGCCGCCAUGGGCGGCAGCCUGUGA